AUGAACCAACCUGUCAUCCUUUAUGCCUUAGAACGGCGCCAAAACGGCGCCAAGAAUGUGUUUCUCACUAAGUCAGAUGUAGAGGGCAUCAUCCGGAUCAAGCAGGGCGACCAGCAGGCGCCCUCAGGCCGGCGGCGGCGGGGUGCGGGAGGGGGGGCGGCAGUGCAGGGCGGCACCAAGAACUACAGCAAGAAGGUGCUGCAGUUCUUCCAGGUGCUGAAGGGCGCUGGCGGUCAGGACAUCCUGUGCCGCUGCGUCAAGCGCAGCGGAGAGUGGCGGUGGUGCCCCGUGGUGCCGCUCGAGGAGCUGCCCCGAGUGAUCAAGGAGCACCACGAGCGGGCGACUGGCUUCAGCGGUGUGGAGAAGCUGUACACACAUCUGGCCUACAACGCACCCACCGAGCUGGCAGCUGGUGCUGACGGCAAGGUGCCCUUCCUCUAUGGCCUGGAGGGGUUUGACCGUGCCGUGAUCAGCAUCUUCAUCUUGGGCUGCCCC